UAAAAAACAAUCUACUCUGGUGGUCUGAUUAAUUUCAUUAACAGACGGAAAUUCAUCUCUACUGAGUUUAUUUCCUGGCAAAUGUAAAAUAAAUAAAGUGACAUCGAAAAAAAAUAUGAAAUAAUAACAACACAACAAGAAAGUUGUAUCCGCGGUCGAAAGUUCAACGGUUCCAGAGGCGCAUGCGCAGUAAAGUAAGUUGGCGCGGAACACCCGGAUGUGCUGCCGCACCAGCACGAUACGGUAGAAGGAAGAGACAUGACGCCAUGUUUUGAUGUCGUCAUCCCCCCCCAAACCGCUGUUUCUCGAGUAGCACAAUAGUCUGUCAGUGUUUUUCUGUUGUGCGCCUCGUGUUCCGUGUUCCUUUCGGUGGCCGUUUUGGCGUGCUCCAUUUCGUUCUCUCCAUCGUCGCGUCGAAUGUUGGAUGCUUGCCUUUCGGGCUAACGAUUGCCCUCGUGGAUUGACGGUCGCUGGAGGUGGCCCUUCGUGUCUUUUCAUGUCCGGCGAUGUAACCGCGGAGCGGGGGGAUCCGCGAGCGUCGUCUACGUGGUGGUAGUGUCCUAGUGCGGGGAGGACGAGCAACCACGAUCCUCCGCCGAACGGUUAAUCCAAGUGGUUACGUCACACACGAUCCUGAGCUGGGCUUUCGAAAGAAACGACUUACUAAAGAAGUGGAAGGCGACGACGACGGGGACGAGGACGACGGGCCUGCUAAAAUGGAGCUGCGCCUGCACUCGCCAGCCGGAGCAGAACCGAUCGUCUAUCAAUGGCCCCUCACCUCUGGAUCCGGAUCUGAUCGUCAUGAUGGUGCACUUGAUGUUGUUGAAACAAUGAGAUGGGUUUGUGAGGAUUUGCCAGAUCUAAAGCUACCAUUAGAAAAUAACAUUUUAUGUGAUUAUGACACAAGAGAUUAUGAAAGUAUGAAAAAUUUAUGUGACAAAUUUAAUAGAGCAAUUGAUAGUUUAGUUCAGCUGGAGAAAGGCACUAGUUUACCAUCUCAAAGAUUGAAUAAAAGACCUAGUCGAGGUUUACUAAGGCAUAUACUUCAGCAAACAUAUAAUCAAGCAGUAGUGGAACCAGAUAAAUUAAAUCAGUAUGAGCCAUUUUCACCAGAGGUAUAUGGAGAAACAAGUUAUGAACUCGUGUGUCAAAUGAUUGAUCAAAUUGAUGUAACAGAAGAUGAUGUAUUUGUUGACUUGGGAUCUGGAGUUGGACAAGUAGUUCUACAAAUGGCUGCAGCAACUUUAUGCAAAAUUUGUAUUGGAGUUGAAAGAGCUGAUGUACCAUCAAGAUAUGCACAGAGUAUGGAAGUAAACUUUCGUAAAUGGUUGAAUUGGUAUGGGAAAAGAUGCGGUGAAUAUCGUUUGGUAAAAGGCGAUUUUUUAGCUGAUGAACAUCGUGAAAGCAUUACUGGAGCCACGAUAGUGUUUGUUAAUAAUUUUGCAUUCGGUCCAACGGUGGAUCAUCAACUGAAAGAACGAUUUGCUGAUUUACGGGAUGGAGCACGAAUCGUAUCGUCAAAAUCAUUUUGCCCCCUCAAUUUUCGCAUAACAGAUAGAAAUCUCAGUGAUAUUGGUACAAUAAUGCAUGUAUCAGAGAUGUCACCACUAAAGGGUUCUGUCUCGUGGACUGGUAAACCGGUGUCUUAUUAUUUACAUGUAAUUGAUCGUACUAAGUUAGAACGUUAUUUCCACCGCUUAAAGAAUAACAAGCAAGGUGGUGAUGAAAAUUCUGAUUCUGUGAUAAAUAACACUGCCAACAGUAAUAAUAAGGUUACAAAUAGAGGUGAGAGAGGUGAUAAAGCUAAACGGGAUCUUUCGAGGCAGUUAGAAAGCCCGAAUCAUUCGGAGCAACAAGGAACGAAUAGCGAUUCUGAUGCAGAUGAGAAUAACAUUAAAAAUCGUCGGCAAUCAAAUAAGAUCCGUAGAAAACUAAAUAGAAAAUCAAAUGGUAUAAGACCUCCGGCUAGAGGCAGACAGAGGGGAAGAGGCGUGAAGAAAUCAAAGCCCAAGAAAGCAAUUAAUAUUUCUGGUUUGGAUUUACUUCAUAGUCAAACAUUACUGAGUACAUCUCCACAAGCUUUAGGAAAAAAACCACCACCCGCGCCUGGUUGCGUGGAUCAACAGCUGUCUUCAUUAUCACUUUCAUUACAGUCACAUUCCACCUCUGUGCAUGAAGAACUUAGUAUACCACCUGCUCCGUCCGCCACUCCGUACGCAUUACAAAUACUUUUGGACUUGUACAGGGACCAAUUUAUGCUCAUGUUAGAAUCAAUGAGAACUCCUUCGUACAGAGUGUCAGUCAAUACAGAUAUUGCAAAAGAAAGAGAAAGAAAUUCAAAGUUACAAUCGAGAGCGGCGCAAUUAGAAAAACAAAUAAAGGUAUUAAUUGAUGAUAGCGUAGCACUUUUAAAAGCAAGAAUGACCGAGUUGGGUAUAAAUGCGACAUCGCCUGGAGAUUUACUUGCAAAGGCUAAGGAGAUAGUUCUUAGACACAAACAGUUGCAAGCUAAAGCAAGUAAGCUACAGGCCCAGGUUGCAUCUAUGGAAAAUGAACAAUCGAGAUUAACUGCGCUUAGACAUCAAGAAUUACAAGAAAAGUAUAGUAGUCUCACAAAUACGAAUGGCAUAUCAAAUCCAUCACAAACACUUACUCAGGAUUACAUAUUGAAAGAAAUUUCUGCAACUUUGUCUCAACGUAAAAGAUUACAUUGUCAGGUAUCCAAAUUGGAACAUGAACUAAAUGUUCUGGAAAGAGCAAGUAAUGAAAAACAAGUUGCUGCAAUAGCUCAGCAACAAAGAGAGGUACUAGGUUCUAAACACUCGCAAAGUCAACAUCAUCAUCAGCAGCAAAAUGGAAAAAGCGGAUCGUCACGAAAAAAUAGAGAAGGACGUUCUAGAUCGCAAGAAUGGCCUGAUGUUCCUGAUAUUGGGAAAAUACAGGAAAAUAAUCCAGAAAUAUUGGCGCAAAAGAUCUUGGAAACCGGCAGACAAAUAGAAGCUGGCCGAAUAUUAAACAGACAAAAUUCUAGUACCAGUAUUAAUUCUAGAACCAGACUGCCGCAAGCAUCUCUCAGUUUUUCUAUUACUUCACCAUCCAUUUCGUCCUCACAAUCGCAAAUAAAUAAUAAGGAGAUAACAAAUAGAACUCAGGAGCCUCCUAGGGUUGCAAAUUUCGAAGAUAGGUUAAAGAGUAUCAUUACGAGUGUUUUAAAUGAAGAUCAACAAAAUAGAAAUAAGCAACAACAAAUGCAACUACAGGUGCAAUUACAAAAUCAGACUGAGCAAGAUAGAAAACGUAUUGCAUUGACACAAAUUGUUUCUACUCCUGAUUAUACACAGGUUUCACCUGCGAAGUUAGCACUUCGUCGUCACCUCUCUCAAGAACGUCUUUCCUCUCAUUUAAUACCAUCUGAUAGGCCAACAAUCGACUCGAGGCAAUUGAGUCAUGAUAAUCGUAUUGUAGGAGGAAAUGGAUUACUCGGCACUAGAACAAUUGGUGAUUUAGUCAGUGGAGAAAUAGAGAGAACGCUAGAAAUAUCCAACCAAUCUAUAAUAAAUGCUGCUGUUGAUAUGAGCGCAAUUGUAAGGCCAGAAAAUGUAUAUUCUCCUAUCAGUAGACCAGCUAGUGCAGAAGGUGAUGCUGGCUUAUCAACUCUAGCGCACGUAGCAAGUUACGCUCCAACUUCUUCUGCCAUUUCAACAUGUACUCCUACCACUACUUCAAGAUCAUCUGUGUUAUUUACUCCAGUAACACAACCACAAAGAUACACACCAGUGCAGUUACCUCGUGCAGAUAUCAAACCUUAUCAUGAAUCGUAUUUCUCUGACAAUCCUUCUCAGUCACUCACACAGGUCCAUCCGCCGCCAUCAUUACAUACAUCACAGGCAACAUCAAACGACGAGCUUUUGCCAGUAGAAGGAUUAGCCGCAUCUUUACAUGCUCGUAUUUUGAAUAAUCACAACGCAAAAACCGAGCCAAUACUGACUACAAGUAGAAGAUUUCAACCAUAUCCUCGAUAUGCAACCAGUAGCAACAGUAAUGGCAGUACAACAACAAAUGGUAUAGUGACAGCCAUUUGUCAAUCACAACCUUCGAUGUCAUUAAAAACGGAGGCAGUGGUAUCAUCAGUAAGCACAAGCGGAGCGCCAUUGAGUCCUCUCGUGGAACCACAUUCUAAUACGUCCACGCCGCUAGUCGAUGAGCCCCAAAUGACAACGCAGAGACAACGAAACGGUAUUGGCGAUGACGACGGAGAAGCGGAUUGGCAAGAUCGUAUCAGUUCUGGAUUUGAUAGACUGGUUGCAUUCGCGUCGACAGAGUUGGACAAGCGAAGAAGAUCUACAGAGGGAGUAAAUACAAGUCCUGACAGUGGUUUAGGAUCGGACAGCACAGUGACGGGACCUCCACCGGUGAUCCCGUCGCCAGACGAAGCACUGGGACCUCCACGUACACCUUCACCGACCAGUCCUCGCCCACCAAAUCCCUCCAACAGUAGUAGUACGAGCAGUAACAGCAGUAGUAGCAGUAGCACGUCCUUGGUGCCUCUAAAAUAUCAACGUCAUCCAGAUCCGGAACGACAUCAUUUUAAGAAAAAGUUUUUUCAUAGAGAUUGGAACAACUCUGGGAGUACCAGUAAGUUUCGUCCUAAAGGCAAGGAUUGGGAUUGGAAUCAUUCAGGACAAUGGCCUUCGAAUGACGAACAAUCUUAAUCAAUUUUUUAUACAGCGUGUCUUCAUAAACUAGUAUGUUAAGCUUUUUAACGGGUUGUACCUUAUGUUUUGAUUGACAGAAAUAAGUUGAAUGCAAGUCUAUAUUUCUUUAGUUACAGAUGCAAUAAAACUCCAUUUAUCGAACACCAUCUUUGCAACGAAGCUUUAGUUAGCGAUUCUAUGUAUCCAAGUUUUAUUUACGUUCUAUUUAUCCAUGAGUAUGAAGUCAUAUUAUUUGAAUGAAAUCGUACGUAGUGGGAAGAGUCAGUGAACUGCAGUUAUAUGAACUGUUUGUUUCUACGUGGAUUCAGAUAAAUAGAGUUUUAUUCAUGUAUUAUUUCGUUUCAUAGUAGAAAUAUUAUUUUCUGCUUUCGUUCUUGUUCUUCGUAAUGUAGCGUUUAAGACAAUUCUAAAUUAUUUUGAAACAUGCAUGUAUACUGUUGCAAUAUAAGUAUACACUUUUUGUGAUUCAGCUAGAAGUCAUGGUACUUGUAUUCGACUUAAAAAUUUUUCUUUUUUAAUUAUUUUUUUCCUUUGGACUAAAGAAUAAGAAAUGACUCAGUGAAAUGAGACGUUCUAUAAUUUGCCUUUUAUAUGUUUCAUCCAAAUAUUUAUUUAUUUAACGGAGACCUUGAUCACAAGGCUAAAAGUACUAUGGAAUUUUUUCGAAAUGCUACAUUUCGAUAGUAAAAUCUAUUUAAUAUUUAACCACGCGUAUAUUAAAACGUGAAAUACCGAAGAACGUCAAAGACGCUGUUAUACAUUACUCACUGAUAAGCAUUUGAAGUUAAUAUUAACUACUACAUUUUUUGAUGAAAGAAAAAAAAAAACAAUUUAGAAGAUAAUCAUUGUCGAUUUGAUAUAUGGACAUACGGUGAGAAUGUGUUUGCCUUCAUAAAAUAUAUGCUAAUACCAUAGAGAUUAUAUUCCGUAAAAAAAAGAAAUGGGAAAGUUAAACAAUUUGUAAAUGGAUUCGUCUAUAAUUAUGGUAUGUGACUAUCACAUGUAAAAUGUAGUAAGGUAAAGAAGAGUGCUAUGUAAAAAAUCUACGAUAUAUUAUGGGCGUCGUAGCUAACGUAACUAGUUCACAAAAAGGAAAGAAAAAAAGCUACCAAAACCUAUGUGUGUUCGUAGCAAAUAUUCGCUGCAUAUUUUAUACGCAGCUCUGUAUCCCCCAAUUGUUUCCGGAGGAUGCAGUUAUCGAAGUGUUCACUGUUGCUCAUAAACGAAUAUGACGACAGACAGCGAAGAAUAGUCAUUUCAUUAACCGGAAGUUAAAUCUAACAUCUUUCUUUUUUGUUUUUGUUUCUUUUUUUGGCACAAAUUUAGCCACUGAUUUUUAAGAUUGUGCAAAAUAAUCCAAAGAAUGACCUCUCCACGAGAGUUUAAAUAAAUAAAUUUUCCCAGCAGAGUUUGAUCGGAUUUAAAAUAAUCUCGCUGGUGAAUACGAGAUUCAAUUUGUAAAUAACAUGCGACGUACCUUUUAAAAAAUACGCGCAUUUGUAUUGUAUAAAAGAUUUUUUAGUCAUUGUGUCGUAAAUAUAGCAGAAAGUUUGUAAAAACGAGAGAAAGAAACAACCGAAUAACUGUCAACAAUUGUAAAAAAAAAGAAAAGAAAAGGGAGUUUAGAAGAAAAUCGACCACUCCUCGUACAUGAUUGUAAUUAGUUAUCAAAUUAUUUAAUAACCCUCUUAUACAUUAGUACGAUAUAAUUAAAUAACGAUGUAGGCACCUGCCAAGUUUAGCAUGUUAUAUACACUGCCGAAAAACUUCUUUAAUUUUAUUAUUGAUCAUUAUUAUUAUUUAUUGUUUCUAUUGAAAUAUUUUAAUACUAAGGUUUUUGUAACAAGCAUAUUUUCUCUUUCAUUCCUACCUUCCAUUUGCGUGAUUUAUCACUGCAGUAAUAAAAGAAGAAGAACGAAACGAAACUUAAGAAAUGGUGAUAAAAUGAAAAUAAUACCGAUGUUGUAUUGUUACCAUUUUGUUGAGGUAAUAAGAGAGAAAAACAGUAUAGAAUGGUAAAUGCAUUUUUAAGCGUAUAUCAAUGGGGAUAAAAGAAAUUUAUUACGAUGUUGCCUGAUUAUGUUAAUUGUUAUCUAUGCAAUAAUACACACUUUUGUUGUAAAUGAAAGGACACGUUAGUAAGUUUGUUAGGGUAAUUCAUUGAUUUGCUGCGUGAGCGAACAAUGGUUGAAAUAUACAUAUAUACACAAGAAAUGAUCAUAACACGAUUUUAUAGAACCGAGAAACAGAUGUAAACAGUAUCUGUAGAUAUAAUGCAACAAAGUACAAAGUUCUACCUGAACAGAUUAUAUUUCAUACAGUAUCUGUUUUGUACAUCGAGUAACCAAUGCAUUGAAAUAUACCACAUUUUUAUCUUAA